AUGAAACGGCCAGCGGUGUUAGUUCAUUUUGAUUUCAUAGCAACAGCUUUUUACACACUUUUUUUCCACAAAAUCGUUGUUUGCCAUGCGGCGAAAAGGUCAACUGAACAACUUCAUGAAGAGGUCUCCAGAAGUUUCAAGACGCUUCUUCGAGUUGCAUCGCGCGAGUAUGAAAAGUUGUUUGAAACAACUGGAAAUCCGCAUUUGCAAAACGAGGUUCUGGGAAAUCUCAUAGAGGAAGCCAGUCCUCAGAAAGAAACGUCUACCAUGGCUGCGCACCAGGAAAUGUCAACGGCUGAUUUGACUCAGCGCUCGAAUGGUAACGAACAAAGACCAACUGCGAUCGUUUUGUUUACUCAGCAUCUCGAUGAAAAUGGAGAAGGACCUUCUACACUCGUAGUUGAGUACAGCGGUGUGGACAAAAACUGGUUAAAGCGAAAAUACCCGGAGUGGCAUGAAGAACUGCGAAGCACGAAUCAAAAAUACAAAAGAGCUAUUGACCGUAUACUAUGUGAAAUCUCCGCGAGUGGAACGAAAAUUUUUGACAAUGCAACUCCAUCACCUUUAAAAUGA